UCGACUUGCUGAAAAAUUAGUUGCAGCAAAAUCCAAAUUUUUACGUCUCGCCGUGUUAAAAGCUCCUCUUGCAAAUAUAUCUUCGUAGUUUCAUCGAUCGCCUUUUCUCAUUUCUUCAAACUAUUUUUCAAUCGUUUUCCAUCCGAUCGUUUAGGUUUCUAGGCGGUGAAGAUGCAGAGGGGCAGAGGUGGGAGGGAUGAUUUAUUUGGGUUUGGGGGGCUUCCUCUUGGAUUUGGUUCAUUUAGUGGAUUUGGUGGACUUGGGAGACCAGGGGGCCUGAUUUCAAGCUUCUUCGGGGGGUCGGACCCCUUUGACGAUCCUUUCUUCACUCGUCCCUUUGAGGGCAUGAUGGGGCAUGACCUUUUUGGUCAUGGAGGGAAUAUCUUCGGAGCAUCAAGCAAUACCACGCAUGGUGGAUUUCUGCAACACGGGAAUUUACCGCCAAACAGAUCAAAGGGACCAAUAAUCAAAGAACUAACUUCAGAUGAUGAAGAGGGGGAAGACGAACAAAAUAAUGGUUUAGAGAAGACGACCAACCCCAGAAAACACUUGAGGUCUGACAAGAAUCCAUAUGUUGAGGAGCCUGAUGAGGAUGUGGAAGGGAGCAAGAACAAGCAAUUGCACAUCACCAGUGAGUUUAACAGGGCUAAUGCAAAACGCCAACAAAAUGGUUCUUUCUUCUUUCAGAGCUCUACCGUCUCCUAUGGCGGUCCUAGUGGAACAUGUUACACUUCUUCUACCACAAGGAGAGCUGGCGGUGAUGGAGUGGUUAUGGAGGAGAGCAAAGAAGCUGACUUGACUAACCGUAAAGCCAGUCACAGGAUAUCUAGAGGAAUGCAUGGGAAGGGUCAUUCAGUUACGAGAAAGCUAAAUUCUGAUGGGAGGGUAGAUACGCUUCAAACUCUGCAUAACUUGAAUGAAGAUGAGCUCGAGAAUUUUGAGGAGGAUUGGAAUGGUAAAGCUAGACAAUACUUGCCAAAAGGGAGCUCUGCCCUUGAUAAUGACAAAAUGAGGAUUUAUGGGAGUGACCGACGGGAAUUCGAGCCAUCGCGAAGAUUGGCUCUGCCUUCCAUUCCACAGGCCCAUCCGCACGGCUCUUGGGCUAGCGCAGGUGGUGGACCAGAAAGGCAGUCAUCCAGCAAAAUGGCUUCGCCCUCGUCAGUGCAGCAGCCGAAGCCCCCCCACUCUUCUGGGAGAAUGCAAUCACAAACAAGGCCUAAUCCAUAUGAUAGGAGGUUUCAUUGAAGGAGUAUUUUCUACCCAAAACUCAAAUCAACUGUGAACCGCAUUGUACCGACGUCUUAUUAUCCGUUGAUGAUUGGUUUAUCUUACAGUUUGUAUACACUUCUAACAAAUCUAUAUUUAGUUGGUACUGGUUUUCUCUUUGCAUAAGACAUCAAACUAUAGAUUGCGAUCGUUUCAGUAUAGUCUGGAGCAUAUUAAUUUGUCCAUUUUAAUGGCGGAAUCUAUUGCUCUAUUA